GCAACAGCAGCAGUAGCAGCAGCAUCAGUUGCAUCAAGAGAUUUCAGUGGUAUAGGGGGAUUAGGAGAACUCUUGGAAAGUUCUUCAGAAGCAUCAAAGUUGAGCUCAAAGAGUGCUAAAGAAAGAAGAAACAGAAGGAAGAAAAGAAGACAGAAAGAAAUGUCUGAAGCAGAGGACAAAGGAGAUGUUGAUAAGUUCCCCAAGUCUGAGUCAGAAGACAGUAUCAGAAGGAAAAGUUUCCGCUUCUCCACAGAAGGAAGUCAACUGACAUAUGAAAAAAGGUUCACAUCUCCUCACCAGUCUCUGCUAAGCAUUCGUGGUUCCCUGUUCUCACCAAGGCGAAACAGCAAAACAAGCAUUUUCAGUUUCAGAGGUCGUGCAAAGGACAUAGGAUCAGAAAAUGACUUUGCUGAUGAUGAGCACAGCACUCUUGAAGACAAUGAGAGCAGAAGAGAUUCUCUCUUUGUUCCAAAUCGACAUGGAGAACGGCGCAACAGUAAUAUUAGUCAGGCGAGUGUGUCAUCUAGAAUGGUAUCAGCCCUUCCUGUAAAUGGGAAGAUGCACAGCACUGUGGAUUGCAAUGGAGUAGUUUCCUUGGUUGGAGGACCUUCAACUCUAACUUCACCUACUGGUCACCUUAUACCAGAGGGCACCACUACAGAAACAGAAAUAAGAAAAAGAAGACUGAGUUCUUAUCAAAUUUCCAUGGAAAUGCUGGAAGAUUCUGCGGCAAGACAAAGAGCAAUGAGUAUAGCCAGCAUACUUACAAAUACAAUGGAAGAGCUUGAAGAAUCCAGACAGAAAUGCCCACCAUGCUGGUACAGAUUUGCAAAUACUUUCUUGAUCUGGGAUUGCUGGAGUCCAUGGUUAAAAGUAAAACACGUCGUCAAUUUAGUUGUGAUGGAUCCAUUUGUUGAUCUUGCUAUAACUAUUUGCAUUGUUUUAAACACCUUGUUUAUGGCCAUGGAACAUUACCCAAUGACAGAACAGUUUAGCAGUGUGCUUUCCGUGGGGAACCUGGUAUUCACUGGCAUAUUCACAGCAGAAAUGGUACUAAAGAUAAUUGCCAUGGACCCUUAUUAUUAUUUCCAAGAAGGCUGGAAUAUUUUUGAUGGUAUUAUCGUUAGCCUUAGUUUAAUGGAGCUUGGUCUUGCAAAUGUUGAAGGAUUAUCUGUUCUUCGGUCAUUCAGAUUGCUUCGAGUUUUCAAAUUGGCAAAAUCUUGGCCAACUCUAAAUAUGCUGAUUAAGAUUAUUGGCAACUCAGUGGGAGCUCUGGGGAAUCUGACCCUGGUGCUGGCUAUCAUUGUGUUCAUUUUUGCUGUGGUUGGGAUGCAGCUGUUUGGGAAAAGCUACAAGGAAUGUGUCUGCAAGAUCUCCAGUGACUGUGUGCUUCCACGCUGGCACAUGCAUGACUUUUUUCACUCUUUCUUGAUUGUGUUUCGAGUGCUGUGCGGAGAAUGGAUAGAAACAAUGUGGGACUGCAUGGAGGUUGCUGGGCAAACCAUGUGCCUUAUUGUUUUCAUGCUGGUCAUGGUGAUUGGAAACCUAGUGGUAUUGAAUCUAUUUCUGGCCUUGCUUCUGAGCUCAUUUAGUUCAGACAACCUUGCUGCUACUGACGAUGAUAAUGAAAUGAACAACCUCCAGAUUGCUGUCGCAAGGAUUCAGAAGGGAAUAGAUUAUGCUAAAAAAAAGAUACAGGAGUUCAUCCAAAAAGCCUUUGUUAGAAAUCAGAAAGCUUUAGAGGAAAUCAAAGCACUUGAAGAGCUAAACAACAAGAAAGACAGCUGCAUUUCCAAUCACACCGCUGUUGAAAUAAGCAAAGAUCUGAAUUAUCUUAAAGACGGGAAUGGAACCACCAGUGGCGUAGGCACAGGCAGCAGUGUGGAAAAAUACGUAAUUGAUGAAAAUGAUUACAUGUCAUUCAUAAACAACCCAGGCCUCACUGUGACAGUUCCAAUCGCAGUUGGAGAAUCAGAUUUUGAAAAUUUAAAUACAGAAGAAUUUAGCAGUGAAUCUGAUAUGGAAGAAAGCAAACAGAAACUAAAUGCAUCCAGUUCAUCAGAAGGCAGCACAGUUGAUAUUGCUCCUCCUGGAGAGGGCGAGCAAGCAGAAAUUGAAAGUGAAGAAGCUCUUGAACCAGAAGCCUGUUUUACAGAAGGUUGCGUGCAGAAAUUUCCAUGUUGUCAAGUAAGUAUAGAGGAUGGCAAAGGAAAAAUUUGGUGGAAUCUUAGAAAAACCUGCUACAGCAUAGUUGAGCACAACUGGUUUGAGACUUUCAUCGUCUUCAUGAUUCUCCUCAGCAGUGGAGCACUAGCUUUUGAAGAUAUAUAUAUUGAACAGCGCAAAACUAUUAAGACCAUGCUGGAAUAUGCUGACAAAGUUUUUACAUAUAUUUUCAUUUUGGAAAUGCUUUUAAAAUGGGUAGCAUAUGGUUUUCAAAUAUAUUUUACUAAUGCCUGGUGCUGGCUGGACUUCCUGAUUGUUGACGUCUCAUUGGUUAGUUUAAUAGCCAAUGCUUUGGGCUAUUCUGAACUUGGUGCCAUUAAAUCGCUUCGGACAUUAAGAGCUUUAAGACCUCUAAGAGCCUUGUCACGAUUUGAAGGAAUGAGGGUGGUUGUAAAUGCCCUUGUAGGAGCAAUUCCAUCUAUCAUGAAUGUAUUGCUGGUUUGUCUUAUAUUCUGGCUCAUCUUCAGCAUCAUGGGAGUAAAUCUGUUUGCUGGCAAAUUCUAUCACUGUGUAAACACUACAACUGGUGAGAUGUUUGAUGUCAGUGAUGUCAACAACUAUACUCAGUGUGAGGAACUCAUAAAAAACAAUCAAAGUGCCCGAUGGAAAAAUGUGAAAGUAAACUUUGAUAAUGUAGGAGCUGGAUAUCUUGCUCUGCUUCAAGUAGCUACUUUCAAAGGAUGGAUGGAUAUUAUGUAUGCUGCUGUUGAUUCACGAAAUGUAGAAGAUCAACCUAAGUAUGAGGACAACUUGUAUAUGUACCUCUAUUUUGUCAUCUUUAUCAUAUUUGGAUCAUUCUUUACCUUGAACCUUUUCAUUGGUGUCAUUAUAGACAACUUCAAUCAACAAAAAAAGAAGAUAAUUUUGGUAUUAUUUCUUCAAUUUGGAGGUCAGGAUAUAUUUAUGACAGAAGAACAGAAGAAAUAUUACAAUGCAAUGAAAAAACUGGGAUCCAAAAAGCCACAGAAACCUAUACCGAGGCCAGUGAACAAAUUCCAAGGCAUGGUCUUUGAUUUUGUAACCAAACAAGUAUUUGACAUCAGCAUCAUGAUACUCAUCUGCCUUAACAUGGUCACAAUGAUGGUAGAAACAGAUGACCAGAGCAAAGAAAUGGAAACAAUUUUAUCCCGGAUUAACCUUGUGUUCAUUAUCCUUUUCACUGGAGAAUGUGUCCUGAAAUUGAUUUCACUUCGCCAUUACUACUUCACUAUAGGCUGGAAUAUUUUUGAUUUCGUGGUUGUGAUUCUCUCCAUAGUAGGUAUGUUCUUAGCUGAG